AUGUCAUGGCUGCUUGACACCUUGGGGACAGCGGAGAGGGUCUGCCCAGAAUCUCAAGGUUUGGAAGAUGAUGAUGAUGACGAUGAUGAAUUGAGCUACUUCUGCCACUCUGCGUGUCCUCCACUGCAGCCCAAGUGCGAUGAGAGUUUGAGUGAUAAUCAGGUGGAGGAUCUAGGAGAAGCCAUCCCAUUUUCCCUAAGUUCUAAGCACUCUCAAGUCGUGAAAGACGAAGCCGAGAAAAAUAGAAUCUGUGCUGGGAAGCUGGCCGAGUAUGCACAGGAGCUUGAGGAGGAAGCUCAGGAGUUUCAGACACCAUUUUGCAAAGAUGUGAAAAGGGUUGGCAGCUUGUCGGAAGAUGAGGAACACAGCUGGGCCUGUCACUUCCGUCUGCAUCAAAGGUCACGCAUCCUCCGAACAGCAAGUAUGGAACUAUGUGUCUCCUAUGACUCUUCCCAGUGUAGCACGGACAAUCACUUGGGGAUUGAUGCCUUUUCUCCAUGGGCCCAUGCCAGUGACCCUUAUCUGGGGCACCCAGAAUGCAUGAAGGGAGCAGAACCCCACAUGCUGUAUGAGGAGGCCAUCAAGGACAAGCAGUUCCCAUCACUGCAGCUGACCAACGACAUGCUCAGAGAGGAGAACUCCAUGCUCAGAAGGAUGGUGAAGAGCAUGCAGAGCUCCAUGAAGAGCAGGUGCAUGAUACAGAAGAUGCAGAGGCAGCUGAAGGCCAGCCUGGCCAAAGAGGAGAGGGGUGCCCAAAAGCUGCAGUCCUUUGUCCAGCAGAGCGAGUGGAACCUCCAGCUAAUGAACCAGCGAGCUCUGGAGGCAGAAAGCAAUGUGGAAAAGCUGAAGGAGAAGAUCAUUAUUCUCCAGGGAGAGCUGAAGAGCUCCAAGGCAGAGAAUGAAAGCCUGAAAGCGGGCCAAACGCCCAACCUGGGCGCAAUGAAACACAGAGUACAUUUUGCUUUGCAGAACCUCCACAAGUUAAUAAUGGCUGAAAACUGGGUUAUCAAACAGCUCACCUCUGUAGCAGAGUCGCUGCGUUUUGUUGCUGAGGUCCUUGAAUCUACAGGCAAAAUUAAUAAAGUUGAAGCAGAAGAAGAGCCAUGA